CUUUGUUUCGGGUAGGGACAGUUUUACCCGAAGGACCUUCAUAUGUUUACACGUGAGGAAACUGACUUCAGUUUAAAAUGGGAAAAUUACGGAAGAAACACAACUGGAAGGGGAGACAACAAAGUGAGGAUAAACAACCAGCAGCUGAAGAGAAGACUGAGAUUAUUCUGGAACUGAAAGAUGGAGGUACUGGUAGGAUUAAAGGGGUGGACGAGAGCAACGCUUUGGUCCUCCCAGCCAACAAAGCCAAGAAGAAGAAAAGCUCAGUGACACCUCUCUCCACCAAGAAGCCCCUCACCAAGAAACAGAGGAAAGAGCUGCAGAAAGUGCUGGAGCGAAAGGAAAAGAAAGCUCAGAGAGCGGACAUCCUGACCAAACUGGCCGAGGUGCAGCUUCCAGAGUCUGAACUGAAGCUUUUGUACACCACAGCCAAGCUGGGAACAGGAGACAAACUUUACACGACUAAACAGUCAUUGGAUGAGGUCAAUGAUGGAGACUCGGGGCCGAAGAUUAGCAGCGUCAGUGGAGCCAACAGAAAGAGAAAAUGGAAAGAAGAAGAAGAUGAAGAGGAACAAAAGGCAGAGGAAAGUAGUGAUCUGGACACGUCGUCUGAUGAUGACAGUGAUGCUGGGGAUGAAGAGACCACAGUGAGUGAAUCUAAGGAAACCUCCGAUCCCAGUCAGGAGAUGGAGGACAAACAGGACGCGAAGGAGGAACAAAACAAAGCGAAACAAGAAGAGCAAAAUGAGAAGAAGAUUUCAGGUCAAGAGAAAGUCCAAAAUAAGACGCCAUCGCAGCCGGCCGUCUUUGUUCCUGUUGACAGAACACCAGAAAUACAGGAGGCUCGUCUGAAGCUGCCCGUGCUGGCGGAGGAGCAGGUUAUCAUGGAGGCAGUGCGAGAAGAUCCCUGUGUCGUCAUCUGUGGAGAGACAGGAAGUGGAAAGACCACACAAGUGCCUCAGUUUCUGUAUGAAGCCGGCUACGCCAGUGGCAGUGGGAUAAUAGGAAUCACAGAGCCGAGAAGAGUAGCAGCUGUCAGCAUGUCCCACAGAGUGGCCAAAGAGAUGAACCUGUCCACACGGGUGGUGUCGUACCAGAUCCGUUACGAAGGAAACGUGACCAGCGACACCAAGAUCAAGUUCAUGACUGAUGGUGUUCUGCUGAAGGAGAUUCAGAAGGAUUUCUUGCUGCAGAGAUACAGUGCGAUCAUCAUUGACGAGGCUCAUGAAAGGAGCGUGUACACCGACAUCCUCAUCGGACUGCUGUCUCGUAUCGUCCCGCUCAGAAACAAAAAAGGUUUACCCAUGAGGCUGCUGGUCAUGUCUGCUACUCUGCGAGUGGAGGACUUCACAGAAAACACAAAACUGUUCCGGCUGCCUCCGCCUGUCAUCAAGGUGGAUGCUCGCCAGUUCCCGGUCACGAUACAUUUCAACAAACGCACCCCGACGGAGGAUUACACCGGAGAGGUUUUCCAGAAAACCUGCAAGAUUCACCGGAUGCUGCCUCCAGGUGGGAUUUUGGUGUUUCUGACCGGUCAGGCAGAGGUCCACAGUCUGUGCAGAAGACUGAGAAAAGCUUUCCCCUUCAGGAGGGGAAACACAACCGCAGGUGAAGAUGAGGAAGCAGACAGAUCAGAGGCAAUGAGAAAAUUUAAGAAAGCCAAACAGAAGAAACCUGUUUCUCUUCCCCGAAUCGACCUGGAUAACUACUCUGCCCUCCCGGUGGAUGAAGGAGACGAGGACAGAGAGGCGGGGAUCGGUGAUGAGGAGGACGAAGGCUCUGACGUAGACUUCGGCGACGAUGUCACAGAUAAAGAGGAGAAGGCAGACCCCUCUAUUCCCCUGUAUGUUCUCCCUCUGUACUCACUGCUGGCUCCAGAGCAGCAAGCGAAGGUGUUCAGGCCUCCUCCACCCGGGGCUCGUCUGUGCGUGGUGGCCACAAACGUAGCCGAGACGUCCCUGACCAUACCGGGUAUAAAGUAUGUGGUGGACUGCGGUCGAGUCAAAAAGCGGUUCUACGACAGGGUGACCGGCGUGUCUUCCUUCAAGGUCUCAUGGACCUCGCAGGCCUCAGCCAAUCAGAGGGCAGGUCGAGCGGGACGCACAGAGCCGGGACACUGCUACAGGUUGUACUCCUCGGCAGUUUUUGGAGACUUCAGUUUGUUCUCGGAGGCAGAGAUCACCCGCAGGCCAGUGGAGGACCUGGUUUUACAGAUGAAGGACCUCAACAUAGACAAGGUGAUCAACUUUCCGUUCCCAACAUCUCCCUCUGCUGAGAGUCUGGCUGCAGCCGAGCAGUUAUUAGUCUCAUUGGGGGCUUUGAAAGAGCCGCCCCACACAGGAAGGGUGAAAGAGAUGGAGCGAGCGAGGCUGAGCUGUCCGAUCACCCCCCUGGGCCGAGCCAUGGCUUCCUUCCCUGUGGCGCCGCGUUACGCUAAGAUGUUAGCUCUGGGUAAGCAGCAGGAUUGUCUGCCAUACGUCAUCGCUGUGGUAGCUGCCAUGACGGUCAGGGAGCUCUUCGAAGACCUCGACAGACCCGCUGGCAGUGAAGACGAGAGCUCCGAGCUCACGCAGCGACGAGCUCGGCUCACCCAAAUGAAGAGGUUGUGGGCUGGACAAGGACCGUCACUCCUUCUGGGGGACCUCAUGGUCAUGCUGGGUGCGGUUGGUGCUUGUGAAUUUGCUGGCUGUACCCCAAAGUUUUGUGAGCAGAAUGGCCUGAGGUAUAAAGCCAUGGUUGAGAUCAGGAGGCUCAGAGGACAGCUUACCAACGCAGUGAAUGCAGUGUGUCCAGAUGUGGGAGUUUUUGUAGAUCCCAAGAUGGCUCCCCCGACAGAGCACCAGGUGAUGUGUUUGCGACAGAUUGUUCUGGCUGGACUGGGAGAUCAUCUUGCGAGGCGCGUACAGGCUGAAGACAUACUGGACCCGAAAUGGAAGAACGGAUACAAGACUCCUCUCAUGGACGAGCCAGUGUUCAUUCAUCCCUCCUCUGCACUGUUCAAAACUCUGCCAGAGUUUGUCGUCUACCAGGAGAUCAUGGAGACCACCAAGAUGUACAUGAAAGGUGUCUCAGCAGUAGAAGCAGAGUGGGUACCAAAGCUUCUGCCUCAGUAUUGUCAUUUCGGCCCCCCUCUGGAGACACCAUCACCGUGGUUGUGUUCAUCCACCGGCACCAUCAGGUGUCUCCGUUCAAGCACCUUCUUCCGUGUAGCUUGGCAGCUGCCAGCCGUGGAGAAGGAGUAUCCAGACGGCCUGGAGCGUUACAAACUGUUUUCAAGAUUUCUGCUCGAAGGACAGGUUUGUCCUAAACUUAAGACAUUUGGCUCCCACCUUCUCUCAAACCCCUCCAUCAUGAUGAAAACAUGGGCAAAGCUGCAGCCCAGGACUGAGGCUGUCCUCGGAGCUCUGGUUUCAAAGAAAGCUGACUGCAGAGACACCCUCCUCGCUGUCUGGACAACUGAAGAUAAAUUUCUGUUGUCUGCAUACUGCCAGUGGUUACCUGAAGCCAUGCAUCAAGAAGUAGCCAAAAGUUGGCCUCCAAUUUAAACGCUGACAUUUGAAAAGAAGGCAGGAACGGUUUUAGCAGCCGGGAUCAGAGACAUUUGUCGACCUGCAGUGCCGUAGAAAUCCCUUUUUUACUUUGUGAGGGCUCAUUGGGACCUCCUGAGUGUACCAACAAUACCACAACCUGACCUUUUUUUAAUCUUUGUAUAUUAUACUCUGUAUCUUUGACUUGUACAGCUUUUGUUUCAGACAGAAAACAAACAAACAACUAGAGCUAAAUAAAGACUUUUAACCUUUUA